CCCUACUACCAAAGCAUUAUAUAUAUCUCUCCUCCCUCUCUUCUUUAAAUACAAACCAAAUAUUCCUCGAAAGCCUCAACUUCCAAUCCAACAACGACACCGUAUCAUACCGUAACAUGUUCACAGCACCUUUUCCUACAUCCACUGUUACUCUCUCCGGUAAAAGCGUAACCUCACCGCCGCGCCACGUCAGAUUCCGGUCAGUAAUAUCGUUCGCCACCGCCACUUUCACGGAGGAGCAACAACAUAAGGCAGCUCCGUAUCUGAGACCUCAUCACGGGAUGGCUUCGAGCGCGACGCUGUACGACAUUCUGGGGAUCCGCGCCACGGCGUCCGGCGAGGAAAUCAGGGCGGCGUACCGGCGGCUGGCGAGGGUGUGCCACCCUGACGUGGCGCCGGUGGAGCGAAAGGAAUCCUCUGCGGGCGAGUUCAUGAAGAUCCAUGCUGCGUACUGCACGCUCUCGGAUCCCGAGAAGCGCGACAGCUACGAUAGAAGCUUGUUCCGGCGCCAGCAGCGACCGGUCAAGACGACGUUGUCGGGGGCUUCCGGCUACGGUGGGCGGAACUGGGAAACGGAUCAGUGUUGGUAGUGAGUUGAGUUGACUCGUCCGAGUGGGAGCGCGCUCGCUUGAACUAACUUGCUAGCUACUUCGGAAUUGGGAUCUUGGGCGCAGUUAUUUGAAUCACCUUUAAGUUUAAACAGUACAUACUUUGCAAAUUUUAAAAAUAGAAAGUGUUAAUCUUAACAGUCUAAAAUAUCAUUUCUCUCCCCCAAAAUAUUCAAAUUUGAUUUUUUUAUCUAUUUUUUUGUAUUUAUAAAAUCUAAACCUACGUAUUUGAUAUCUGUUUACUACAAAUGUGACACGUGUGGCUUCAA